AUGACAUGCCCACCGCAAGACAUGCCGGAUCGAGCUCCAUGCGUCUUCAGGACGGCGAGUAGUGGGCGCUUGCAGAAAGUGCAGGGUCCUUUCAGGUCGAGGGAACAGAUUGAGGUGGCGAAUGUGAAGGCAGCACACCUCUACAAGUCCGUGCAGGCCUCGACACCUUACAAUCUAGAAGCGCAAGACCGAGUCAUGCAAAGCAGGCUGUCGAAGUUGAUGAGAACCUCCCCAGAGGAUUUCAAGGCUCCGGGACGCGCUGCGGAACGGGCUGUGCCUGCCAGUCUCAACGCGUCAGUGCCCUAUGUGGAGAAGCCCUUCGAGUUGCGGGACGACUACUUGGAGCUGCCCAAGAUCAGGGACAAGCCACCUUUCUACACGGCUUUCCCCAACAACAAGAACUUUGAGGCACACGCUGAAGCUGGAAACUGCUGUUGGCACAAAGCCUGCCAUGACUUUGAGGUGAAAGCAGCCAAGGUAGGGGAAGCCUUGACACAACACAGCGCAGCCUUGCGCUUGGAGUUCCUAGUCGCGCCGCAGAGAUGGGUAGCAGUAGCGGCGCUGGAUCAGCGGUUUCAGCAGCUUCAGAGACAGCGCGACGAGGUGAGUGAGGAUGCACAGGCUGAUGCUGCUCGAGACCCCUUCGUGAACGUGGCCAUGCUUGGAGAUUCGGGAACCGGAAAGAGUUCAUUGAUCAAAUUCAUCCUUAAACACUUUGGAGUCGACUUGCCUCCGGACAAGAUGCCUAAAGUCUCCAUGGAAGGUGAUGGCACGCUUCUGCCCACACGAUUUCCAUUGGAGAAACUGGGUCAAGUCUCUCUCUGGGAUCUCCCCGGCCAAGCAACUUCGAAGAUUCCUUCCAUCCUGUUUCACAGGAUAAUCUCACUAUUGGUUCUGGUUUCCAGGACAUGGUUGUUGGUUUCCAUUUUGUUCUUGUUGGUCCUGGUUUCCAGGAAGUGA